AUGCGCGCAAAGUAUGACAUCCAGGAGUACGCGCCUCGUGGUCACGUAGAUUAUGGCACAGACGAGUCGGCAGCGUCACUGGAGGAAUGCAAAGAGACCCUUCAGUCUAGGCUCGGACUUUCACUUACGAUGACCCAGAGUGAAUCCGACCGCAAGAUCCGCGCUGGAUGCAUCAAGGUCGUGAACACCCAAGAUGAACGACAAGGCACGCUUACGAAACACAAACAUUCUGUUCUGUACAAACCAGGUGGGAAGCGCCGCAUGGAAGAAGAAAUCAAUCCGCCUGCGUCCCCACACGGAUGGGCAAGUUUGGUCAAGAAGGGGAAAAACUAA